AACAUCCGCCAUUUUGCCGAUAGAUCGAUUGGUCAUUUAGCGUCUCUUAGAGUAAAUAAUAUGGUGGUGUUUUAGUGUAUUGUUUUAUAGGGAACAUUAUUUGUAAAUAUUUGUAGAUUCUAUGGAACAGCGGUAUAGUAUAAAUAAGAAUUUCAAAAUGAGAAAGUCUCCUCUAAGUACGCCAAGUGGCAGUAAAGAAAAACAGAGUUAUAAUUGGAAAUCAAAUGGCUAUAAAAAUAGGACAGGUUAUAGUUAUCAUAAAAGUGAUAGUUAUCAGUGUACUUCGUCAAAUAGUGGUCAAAGAUAUUCUGGAAAUGAUUUUAUUCCAUUAAAUAAUAGUACGCCAAUACCAGAAUAUAAAAAGUUCAAUAAUAAUUGGCAUGGUUCUGGAGGUCAUAAUCAUCGUAAUUCAGGUAGUGGUGGAUUUAACCAUUACCGGAACAAUUAUCAUUCAACCCCAAAGUUAAAUUUCAAUAAUUCAUACUCUCCUUAUAAGCUCUCUGGUAAACAACUCUUCUAUGGUCAAAAAAAGAGUUUCCAAAAUGAUAAGCAUAGACAGAGCGACAUAUCACGUUAUAUAGAUAUGAAAUCUUUUUUGGAAGAUCCUUGGGCAGAAUUAACAAAGGAGUUAACGAAAGAUAAAGAAACAAAUGGGAAUGAAUCACCUAAAAUUGAAUUGUCAUCAUCGUCGCAAUUAGCUUAUGUAGAUACUGAAUCGUAUUCUGAAUCUAAAUCUAUAUCAAGCAUUGACAAUUCUUGCUUUAGCCCAGAAUCCAAGAGUAAAUCUUCUAUAGAUGCAAAAUUGGGAUUGGAUGAUACAGAUAUUAGUAAUGUAUCAAGAACAGGGAGUUCAAUAGAUUUAAAACUUGACAGUGUUAGUUUUAGUCAAGAAUCAAAAAAUGACAGCGUUUGCAAUAAUAAUGAUGAUAGUGUUGAUGAAGGCAUUCUCAAUGAAAAUAAUGUUAAUAAUAUUAAUGAUAUUUGUUCAUCAAAGAUAAAUAUUAGUCAAGAUCUCAAAUAACAGUGACAAAGAAUAAAAUGCGCUUAAGAGGAAUAAUAAUUCUUUGGUUUGGUGCAUGAUACAUUUCAUAUUGUACAUAUGGAUGUAUAAUAUAACAAUUCAAUUAUAUAUAGAUAUUAUCUAAAUCUAUGAAACGUCAGUUUCAGAUUUUUUGAAUAAUAUUCUAGUAUAUAGUUAAAAAAAAAAGAAGAAAUUAACGUUUUAGUAAUGUGAACUCUUUUUCCGGUUUGAAAAUAGGUCUAUCGCAGAAGCAUAUCUAUAUGCAAAAUACAAUGUAUUGAAAUUAUCUUUUAAAUUAUAUUUUCACAAAAAGGCUGUGAAAAAAAGAAUGAAUGUAGUUUAUGUGAAAAAAAAAUUAUACAUGUGCAAUUCUUUAGUGUAUACUAAAAAGGAAGUACAUAUGGGACAUGAGGGAACAUUAAACACCAAUUUCUCAGUAAUAGAUUAAGUCAGGAAGAACAUUCGAAGACAUAGCGAACAAGCUAGAGUAUGAAUUAGACUUAUAAAUUGAUUUUAAAUUUACCAAAUCUAAGCAAUUAGUAAUUAUGUAAAAGAAUGCUUGCAUCGCUGAACAUUUUUGGAUGACGACUAUCAAUCGAUUUGAAUUUGUUGAGCGACAUAUAUGUCUAUUAGCACUUCUUCUCACAACAAAACCGAAAUAUAAAAAGGAUUAAGAAUGUAACAUGCAUGUAGUAA